AUGUUCUUUUUAGAGGCCUUACGUGUCCCCCCUACAAAAUUUAUCCCUGCUGCCAAAGCAGGUGAUGUUUUACACCAUCUAAAAAAUGCAAAUACUGGGAUAUGCCAGUUGCUUGAGAAGAAAGAGGGAAUCUUUCGCCAAAAAAUGAUGGGCAAAAGAGUCAAUUAUGCAUGUCGAUCUGUCAUUUCACCUAAUCCUUAUUUAGCUGUUAAUGAAAUCGGUGUUCCUCCUUAUUUUUUCCCUAAGAGAGUGACUCCUUGGAAUGUUGUGAAACUAAGAGAUUCCAUAAUUAAUGAUUCUGAUAUUCAUCCUGGAGCUACUCAUUAUGCUGAUAAGGUUCAACAGGUGUCAACUGCGAGACUACCUCAAAGCAAAAAGAUGCGUAUUUCUAUAUCUAGAAAGUUACCUUCUUCUAGAGGCACAACUAUACAAUCCAAAAGCAGCACUGACUAUGAAUUCGAGGGUAAAAUAAUUUAUCGCCAUUUACAAGAUGGAGAUAUUGUCUUUGUGAAUCGUCAGCCUACACUUCACAAGCCCGGUAUUAUGGCUCAUGUAGUUCGAGUAUUAAAAGGGGAGAAAACUCUUCGUAUGCAUUAUGCAAAUUGCAGUUCCUACAAUGUUGAUUUUGAUGGAGAUGAAAUGAAUGUUCAUUUACCACAAGAUGAGGGUCAUGACUAUGCAAUGGUAUUGGUGUUUCAAGGUGGAGCAGGUUGGAAUCUCUAA